AACAGGCAAUGCGACGUGAAUCAUUUUGGUAACUUCGCAUUGUGGUUGUAUAAGCUCACGAAUUCUCUUUUGUAAAAGAAAAAAUAGAGGCUAACUGAGUCAUGAAGCAUAACUCAAUACACUGGUUCCGCAAAGGACUUCGUCUUCAUGACAACCCCGCAUUGCUGGCAGCACUUAAAGACUGUGCAGAGAUGAGACCAAUCUUCAUCCUGGAUCCGUGGUUUCCAAAAAACAUGAAGGUUGGCAUUAACCGCUGGAGGUUUUUAAUCGAGUCUCUCAGAGAUUUGGAUUGCAGCUUGAGGAAGAUGAACUCUAGACUUUUCAUUGUGCGUGGUAAGCCUGUGGAAGUAUUCCCACGCCUGUUUAAAGAAUGGAGAGUGACUAGGCUAACAUUUGAAAUUGACACGGAACCCUAUGCCCAGCUGAGGGAUUCUCAGGUUGCGGAGAUUGCAAAAGAACAUGGUGUCGAGGUUAUCCGUAAAGUCUCCAAUACACUUUAUGAUACAGAAAGGAUUAUUCUGGAGAACAAUGGAAAGCCUCCACUUACCUAUGUGAAGCUUCAGGACCUCUUAUCUAGAUUAGGUCCUCCUAAGAAGCCUGCACCUUCCCUUAAAGGUGAAGAUCUCAAAGGCAUUCAUACACCUUACACAGAUUAUCAUGAUACAGAAUUUGGAAUACCCACUCUGGAAGAGCUUGGACUUAACCCUGCAGCUACUGGACCCCAUUUGUUCCCAGGGGGAGAAACUGAGGCUAUUCGUAGAUUGGGUGAAUAUAUGCAGAAAUCUGUCUGGGUGUGCAACUUCAAAAAGCCAGAAACUGAACCAAAUUCUUUGACUCCUAGUACUACUGUGCUAAGUCCCUAUGUCAAGUUUGGCUGCCUUUCAGUACGGACCUUCUGGUGGAAAAUUGCAGAGGUUUAUCAUGGGAAAAAACACUCUUCACCCCCAGUCUCUCUACAUGGACAGCUACUGUGGAGAGAAUUCUUUUACACUGCAGGAGUAGGAAUUCCAAAUUUUGAUCAUAUGGAAGGGAAUUCUGUCUGUCUGCAGGUUGAUUGGGACUCCAAUGAGGAAUACCUGGCUGCCUGGAGAGAGGGUCGUACUGGAUAUCCUUUUAUUGAUGCUAUCAUGACACAGUUACGCACAGAGGGAUGGAUUCAUCAUCUUGCCCGGCAUGCAGUGGCCUGCUUUUUGACUCGAGGGGAUCUUUGGAUCAGCUGGGAAGAGGGUCAGAAGGUAUUUGAGGAAUUUCUCUUAGAUGCUGAUUGGUCUUUAAAUGCUGGAAAUUGGCAGUGGUUAUCUGCCAGUGCAUUCUUCUACCAGUUUUACAGAAUCUACUCUCCAAUUGCCUUUGGAAAGAAAACGGACAAGAAUGGUGAUUAUAUCAGGAAGUACAUCCCAAUUCUGAGGAAAUUCCCUGUGGAUUAUAUUUACGAGCCAUGGAAGGCACCCAGGAGCAUUCAAGAGAGAGCAGGCUGCAUUAUUGGGAAGGAUUACCCAAAACCCAUUGUGGAUCAUGAUACUGUAAGCAAAAAAAAUAUCCAGAAAAUGAAAGCGGCAUAUACUCGCAGGUCUGCAACCAGCAGCAAAUCUGGAGAGAACUGUUUAAAGGGACCAAAGAAGCGUUCUUUGUCGAUGGCAAAUGUGUUCACAAAGAAAAUAUCACAGAAGACCUGCUAGAAACCUACGUGUAUUUCACACGGUGUGCUUAGAGUGGGCUGAUACAGCCCUUUUCACUGCUUCACUAUUUCUUUCUUUUAAGGGGACACAGAAACACAAUCUGAGUUGUAGAAGGCUAAUGAAUAUAAAACGGGUGUAAACUGUAGCACUUGAGUUGAGCAAUGGUUGAAUAAAUACAACAAAACA